ACAUGGAUGAUUUCAACGAAGCAGCGGACGCUAUGAACAAGGCUUGGGAAGCAUCAGAACCGUCUGUGCGGGAAGCUUUUCAAAUACUCUUCACCCCGUCACUCGAGGACGGUCAACCACUCACAGAAGACCCGUUGGCAAUUAUCAAUAACCAUGUGGCCAAGAUGCGAGAAUUUGGAGUUCUAUCUGAGUCUUCUGUGAAGCGGAGGGGGGACUCUGCACGGCACCUGCAGCUGCUGCGGAGUAUUUGCCGUACAGUCACACUUCGUCUCGAAGAAUUGAAGUGGUUCGUCUACAUGAAUAAGGAGUACGAUGUGCCAGUUCCUGUUCCUGGCCACGACGAGCCUUAUACUUACCCCCCGCUUGAAGUGCUCGAGGAAAGGGUAGAUGACGGCUUGCAGGCGUCUCACUUCUUGAAAUCUGUGGGAUUAUCUGGCGGUGAAGGCACGCAGAAAGUAGAUGAAAUGUUAGCUGACAAGCUAAUAUAUCUGUUGUCUGUUGAGAACAAACAUAACGACUGCAACUUGGUGGCUCGAUACUACUUCGAGCACUUUCUUCAACCCUCUGGACAAGAAGAUACCUUGAAGGCCAUUCCUUCCACUGCCAAACAUCAAAUUCCAUACAGUGGAGAAGCAUUUAGGACUGGAUCUUUUGCACGAGCAGCUGCCCAAAUAUUUGGUGAAUCUGAAGGCAGUACGCAUUAUGCACGGAUACGGAAGAUGCACCGGAUUGCGGAUAACUGGACACCCAAAGGAGUACUGGAGGCUACGAAGCAACAAGAGGAAGAAAAUGCCUACAGAUUAGAACGGGAGAUGCGCAGCAAACGGGAUCAACUUCAGGGAUUUCUCAAGGAUGGCAUACCAUUCGACGAUUUGGUAAUGAGUGCAUUAUGCCUCCUAUAG